ACGGUUGGCGAUCCUCCGUCACUUCAGUCAACGCACAUCACCGAGACACUGGAUAGUCACCAGCUGAUUCAGAGAAACUGACUAUGUAACACAGAAACAUUUACCAACAUUCACUCUUUGGUAAUUCUUUCUUAGUAUUAGGAAGUUAGGGAUGGUGUGAAAAUGGCUAAGCGACCCGGGAGUACGGAAGGGACGCUGUCUUCUUCUUCGCCGACCAUUCUUCGGAAUUUGAACCGCGGAGACGUGAGCAUGGACAGCGGAGACGGAUCCGAGGACUUGUCCCUGGAUGAAAUUCUGACUCUGUACAGUCAGCCGAUAAACGAGGAACAGGCAUGGGCAGUGUGCUACCAGUGCUGUCGGACUUUAGCGCAGAAACACAGACGGAGAGGCUCAUCCAAGGCAGCGGGCUCCUCGGCGGUGGACUACCCGAGGAAAAUCGAUGGACCUGGGAAUGUGAGGAUCGGAAGAGACGGGGCUGUCAAGCUGCACUUUGAAGGCAGCACAGAUGAGUACCAGUCAGCGUGCACGUCAUUAGAGGUUAUUUACUCCCUGGGUGUCAUGAUCUACAAAGCUCUGGAUUAUGGCCUCAAAGAGAAUGAAGAGCGAGAGCUCAGCCCGCCAUUGGAGCGACUGAUCGACAUGAUGACCAACAUACAGGAAACUGAGGCCGACCCUUGUCCUGACGAGGGCUACGAGGCCACCGAGGAAGAGGACGAGUGUGAGGAAGCCGACGCGGAUGAAGAGCUGGACUCUGUUUCCUCUGCCAGCGAAGUGAGCAGCGUCAAGAAUUACAGAGACAUCCUCUUGAUAUGUUCUUCCCAUCUGCCCAGCCCAUCCGAUGCUCCGAACCAUUACCUGGCCGUGUGCCGAGCUCUUUAUGCCGAGACAAGGGAACUUCACACGUUUCUGGAGAAGAUAAAAUGUGCCAAGGAGAACCUUCGGCGGAUGGAAGGUGAGACGCAGGAGGAACCCGAGAAAGACCUCGAUGAGCUGCAAAAUGCUGACUGGGCCCGCUUCUGGGUGCAGGUGAUGCGCGAUCUACGACACGGUGUGAAGUUAAAGAAGGUUCAGGAACGGCAGUACAACCCGCUGCCCAUUGAAUACCAGCUCACGCCGUACGAAAUGCUGAUGGACGACAUCCGUUCCAAACGCUACAAGCUGAGAAAAGUCAUGGUGAAUGGAGACAUUCCCCCACGACUAAAGAAGAGCGCACAUGAAAUCAUCCUUGAAUUCAUCAGGUCACGGCCUCCUCUUAACCCUGUUUCAGCCCGUAAGCUCAAGCCCCAUCCUCCACGUCCGCGGAGUCUCCACGAGCGACUGCUGGAGGACAUCAAGGCUGAAAGGAAGCUCCGGCCGGUUUCACCCGACAUGAUUCGAAGGCACCGCCUAGAUGGUCAGAAUAAAAUGAAACCUCCCAAAAAGCUACUUGGUGCAGGGAAGAGCAUCAGCACCCCUCAGGACUUGUUCCGCAGUCCAGCGUCUCCUGAUGGGCAGAGGAAGUUGGCUGGCAGCACCCACUCUCUGGCCAGUGGGACGACAGGAACCCCUCAAAGAGCACAGCAGCUGAGCCAGAGGAAGAGGCUCCUCAAAGCUCCCACACUGGCUGAACUGGACAGCUCCGAAUCUGAUGAGGAGCCCACUAAGAGCAGCUCCAGUAGGUCCACGUCUUUACUGGAGGACACGUCUCCUGAGAUUGUUGCGGAGAAGAAAGCACCUCCGAAGUUUCUGCCCGUUUCCGCCACUCCUCAGCCAGAGAAGCACCAGACUCUUCAGAGGCGGCACUCUGUGGAGAGGGAAGCGCCUGUUUUUGUUCGGUCUUUUGCACCGCCGUCCAAGCAGAGCUCCAAGUCGUUGGUGGAAGCAGCCGGCAGCACUCAGGUCACGGAGGAGUUCUGUUAUCCUGUGGAGUGUUUGACUCUGACGGUGGAGGAGGUGAUGCACAUCAGACAGGUUCUGGUCAAGGCGGAGCUGGAGAAGUUCCAGCAGUACAAAGACGUCUAUAACGCUCUGAAGAAAGGAAAGCUCUGCUUUGCAUGUCGAACCAAAAAGUUCUCCCUCUUCACCUGGUCCUACACCUGCCAGUUCUGCAAAAGACCAGUGUGCGCCCAGUGUUCAAAAAAGAUGCGGCUACCAUCCAAGCCCUAUUCCACUCUGCCCAUCUACUCUCUUGGUCCCAGUGCAGGCGCUAACAGUGUAGCUCGUGUAGCUUCGGCACAAGCAGAACCAGAGAAACAUGCGCCGGGAUACGGCAGACACAGUCUACGCCGAAGGUUGUCCAGGCACAGCAGCCGAGACGGGCAGUCGAAGGACGAACUGGAGCUGCCCAAAGAGCUGACAGAGGACUGGGUCACCAUGGAGGUCUGCGUCGACUGUAAAAAGUUCAUCACGGAGAUCAUCUGCUCCAGCAAGCGCAGCCUGUCGGUGGCUUCCAAAAGAGCCCGUCUGAACCGCAAAACCCAAUCGUUCUACAUGCCAUCGUCUAAGUCGACCAGCUUCCACCCCGCAGAGCGCCCCAUUAGUGAAAUGUAGGACGGAGCCAGCGUAUCUUCCCAGGUUUUGGGCACUUUAUUGAAAUUUAAAAGAAAAUCCACAUUUGACACGGACUGCUACCAAAAAAUGUAGAAGUUGCUGUGCAAAUCUGGAAGUAGUAUCCCUCUCAGGAAAAGCUGCAGGCAUUACAUUAGCUGUGACACUAGUGAAUAUGUGGCAAAGAUCCUCAUAACCACUGUUAAGUGCAGUGGAGGAGCUAUGAUGCUGUGGGCCUGUUUUGCUUCCAAAAGCCAAUAGGAACCUUGUCUGAGUCCUUCACUCAAACCAGGGAUGAUAUGAUGCAGAAAGCCAAAAGAUGUAGUGAUAUCAUGUAAAUAUUGCAGAGGUCCAAUCAAUGUCUAAUGUCGACGAGCUUUCCAGUUCCCGUUUACUUCUUGCACUCAGGAAGAUUAACCGACAGAAAUGCACAGUACAGUCUCUUUCUUGUAAGGUCUGCUGGGGCAGAUCUCCGCCUCUCAUCCUUCCAGCUGCAAAUUCUUUUGCCAAAAGUUUGACCUUCUCAGCCAGAUCAAAUGAGUUACUGCUGUAAUGUCAUAGUACUGAGGGGCUCAGAUUGCCUGUAUUUUUCAGGGUGUUUUUUUUGUUUUUUUUUGUUAUUUAAACUAAAUGUAUAUUCAUUUCUGUGCAAGGUGCCAAAAUGUAAUUUCUCUGAAUGCCUUUGUAGCUGCAGAACUAUUGUACAUAAUGUGUCAUAAACUAAAUGACGGUAUCUUUAGUUUCUCAACUCCUUGUGCUCCAAAGCGGGCCACAGACAUACAUGAAGGAUUUUAGAAAGUGUACAGCUUGUAUAUUCAUAUCGUUCCAAAUUCAAAUUUAAUAUAAACAUAUUAAGGUGUCAUUUUAUUAUUUUCCAGAUUUUCUGGCCAUUAGAAUUAUAGUUUUUAGUUUAUUAUGUUAUGCAAUGAGUUUAAAAAAUCCUGUGUAAACAUUAAGCACUUUAUUUGGACCGAAUUAUUGCUUAUGUUUGGUUUUUAAUCUGAACUAAUAAUUUUGUAAUUUAAAAAAAUCUGUGCCACAUUAAGAAGGUCCCUUAUGAAUACAGUAAAUGUUUCAAUAAGCGUUUCAAAGCAAAGUAAUAAGGAAUGCUACACAGAAUUGAAUGUAGACAUUUUAAGAUUUUACUUUAAGAACAUAUUUUCAUUUUAAGUGAUUUUCUUAGUCCUGCACACACACACACCCCCACACACCUGCAUCACCAAAUAGAUACAAAGCUUAACCAGCCUGUUUAAGAAAUGUCGAUGCAAUUUAAAAAAACAAAUAAAGCAAUCCAUAAAUCCAGUUUUAUUUUGGAGCUCUAUAAGGAAUGCGUGCAUGCUGUAGUGAGAACUGUCUGUUUUUAUCAGAGAAAUUAAAAUAAAGUCAUCAUGAUUGUUAAAUUUGAA